AUGGAUCUUCUCGCCUCUCUCAUCGUCCCCUCGCAGGGCCAGCAAUACCCGCUCGCGAUUCGCCCUAAGACACCUACAGGCCCCAAAUCGGAGAAUCCGGACAUAUCUAACCGACGCACUUGCUUCUUCUGGUACCAUAACGGCACAUGCCACCGCGGUAGAGGAGGCAGCGCAUGCCCAUUCUCUCAUACCAUCACCCCGGGCGUCCCAGUUCAGCCACCGCCAGGAUACUUCCAUCGUACCCCGUGCACGCUCCCGCUAUGCCCACUGAGGGAGGACACGCCGCCGCCGCCUACCUACACCACCGCUCCUCAAGAGAUCAAGACACCAUCUUCCGAAACAUCUCACCAGAGCCCCACGGUGAGCAGCGGCGCAGGCUCCCCACCUACUACUCCUACAGGCAAGCAAGCUAAGUUUAGGAGAUGGCGAGAGCGUGUCAAAAAGGCGAAGCAGUUCGAGCAAGAGAGGGCAGGACGUAUCCUAGGGCUUUCUCCUUCCCAACAGCAACAGCCUCACAAUCAGACGACCCCGAGUCCGAAAGUGGGGCAGAAGCGGAAGCACCAUGAAACCCCCGAGCCACUCAUCUCGCUGCAGGGUAGGGGCCAAAACGCGGCUCAAUAUACAGUGUCGAUGAAUAGUGAGCGAAAAGAUACCCCGAAUGCGGCGGAGGAGCCGGAGGAUAAGUGGCAUCUAGACGGGUUCGAGGAGGGUGCUGAGGCGGCGUUUGAGGGCGCAUCGAAGAAGCGGAAGAUGGCCGAUAUGGAGAAUGGUAAAACUGGUGGUGAGGCUAGUGGUAAGGUUGGCGGUACAGGUGGUAAUGAUGAAUGGCGUGGGGAUUGGGAUACGGACUACUUCAGGAGCUUCUUCGGUCAUCCAACCCCUUGA